AUGGACAUUGAUGUGGGCAAGACGAAAUACACACUUUUUGGUACCUCCGACCCGAAUCCCCUUUCUCUUAAACUACGCGGUAUCCCCGUAGGCCCGGAGAAGGCACCUAAACUCUUAGGCAUCACAUUCCAAAACUACCGUGCCAUGUCUACCCAUGUAGUUCAAACGAGACAACGCAUGAAUUUUCGAUUACUAAAACUUGCAGCAAUCUCCUCCACCACAUGGGGACCAAAACGUGAUGUCCUUCGAACCUUCUACCUGACACUAGUUCAAGCCCAGACGCUCUACGCUUUGAGAUCUGGUAUUGGGAUGCGGCUCCCACUUCACGCAAACCCCUAG